AUGGCUACCUCAAGGCGCUCCAUUGACAAGAACGAGGCCGACAUCAUCGGCCAGGGACGCCUGUCUACGGAUGUCCAUAUUGAAAAGGUGCCCGAAGCCAUUGAUGUCAAUGGCUUUCGUGUGUUUGGUUUGAGCACCGAGGGCGCCGACUUCUACACGAACUAUCCGGCGGAGAAGAGAAAGAAGGUCUUCCACAAGGUUGAUAUUCGCUUGGUUCCGAUGCUUGCUGUUCUUUACUUGAUCUGUCACAUUGACCGCGCCAACAUUGGCAAUGCCAAGAUCGAAGGAAUGGUCGAAGACCUGGGCAUGACGGGUGUGCAAUAUAACACCGUCCUGUCUAUAUUCUUCAUUCCAUAUGUUCUGUUCGAGGUCCCCAGUAACAUCUUGCUGAAGAAAUUCAAGCGCCCAUCCACUUACCUUGGUGGCCUCACUGUUGCAUGGGGCAUUGUCAUGACCUGCACAGGGCUUGUGAGGAGCUAUGCAGGCCUGAUGGUCACUCGUGUGCUCCUCGGAAUAUUCGAGGCUGGCUUCUUCCCCGGCGCCAUCUAUCUCACCUCCUUCUGGUACGAGCCAAAGGAUCUCUCGACUCGCAUCUCGUACUUUUACUGCGCAAGCGCCUUGUCCGGUGCCUUCUCCGGUCUCCUCGCCGCGGCCAUCGCCGAGAUGGAUGGUAUUGGUGGUCUUGAGGGGUGGAGGUGGCUAUUUGUCAUCGAGGGCCUGGCUACCGUUGUUAUCGGAUUCGCCAGUUUCUUUCUGCUGAUCGACACCCCGUCGCUUUCGACACGCUGGCUCGAACCCGAAGAAAUUCGGUACCUGGAGCUCUCGAUUUUCAUCAAGCAGGGAGGCGGAUCCCGCGAAGAGAGCGGGGCCGGAGGACGUGUGAACUGGAAAGACCUCAAGAUGAUGUUCACCAACUGGAGGAUUUACGUGCAGGCCUACUUCUUGUUGUGCCAAUCGGCUCUGUCUUAUGGCAUCAAGUUCACACUUCCAACCAUCACCAAGGCCAUGGGUUUUGCCACGACUGAGGCCCAGCUCCUCUCGGCACCGCCGUACGUCGCUGCUGCGAUAUCGGCCGUCUCGUUCGCCAAGGUCUCGGAUCGGUUCUUUUGGCGAAUGCCGUUCCUGGUCACUCCUCUUGGAAUCGUCGCGGUUGCGUACUCCAUCAUUAUCUCGCUCAACGGGGAGCUUGAGGCCAAGAAGGGCGUGGCCUAUUUCGCCGUGGUUCUCGCCGUCGUCGGUAUCUACCCCAUCCAGGCGGCGGCCGCCUCCUGGAACGCGAACAACAUCGCCCCGGCCUCCCGGAGGGCCAUCGGAAUCGCUCUGAUGAACUGCGUCGGCAACGUCGGCGGCAUUGUGGGGAGUUUCAUGUAUCUGGAAUCCGAGAAGCCCAAGUAUCACACCGGGUUCGGUCUCAGCUUGGCGUUCGGUGGCAGUGGACUGAUUGUUGCUCUCCUGCUCGAGUGGAGUUAUAAGUCGGCGAACGCACGCAAGGCCAAGAUAGCCGAUGAGGCCAAAGCCAAGUACACCGAGCAGGAGUUGUUCGACAUGGGAGACAGGUCCCCGCUGUUUAAGUAUGUGCUUUAA